GCAGGACCCUCCACCAGCACAAAGAUCACAAUUCGCUUUAUGCGGCGAUCUGGAACCAAACGCACAAUAUCUGUGAGCAAUGCCAGUGGGGUCCAUUAACCUGAUCAAGGAGAGAAGGCCGAGGACUGUUUUAAGAAAAUGGCAGACAAGCCGGACAUGGGGGAAGUUGCCAGCUUCGAUAAGGUCAAGCUGAAGAAGACAAAGAUGCAGGAGAAGAACACCCUGCCGACCAAAGAGACCAUUGAACAGGAGAAGUAGAGUGAAAUUUCCUAAGAACCUGGAGGAUUCCCCACCCCCAUCAUCUUUGGGAUCCCCGUCAUGAGUGGAGAAAAAGCCACCCCACCUGCAAGAUGGACACGAGCAACAAACUGCACUGUGAACCCGGAUACUCUGUCCCCAUGCCAUCAGCCUGUGGGUCUCUAAGGGGACCCCCCCAUACACCUCUAAUCAGACUGACAAAUUUUCCCAUUU